GUGGGCUGGGGGCCGCUCCCCGCCAGGUGCCCAGGACGCCCGGGUCGGGAGAGCGCCUCUCGGUGCCCGUGCACCCCGUCUUCCCGGAGGGCCCGGCGGCGCCGCGGGCGAGCGUCCAGUGGAUUCCUGAGCCUCGCCGGGAGAGGGGGCCCCGGGAAGGACGCGGGAACAAAUCAUUUCAACUUCGAAGAAUUUUAAACUAAAAACUUUAACUGUGCUGAAAAUUAGGGACCAAUUUUUUCAUUCUCUCUGAUCUGAGAGGAAGAAAUAAAAUGGCAUACAUUUAAAUUAGUAUUCAGGAUGAAUGAUGAGAAUUCAGAUGAGAAGACAGAAGAUGAAUUCCCCUCUCUACUUAUUGGUGAUAAAAAUGGAAAUACAUAUGCAUACAACCAAAAAUCACCUUGUCUACAAAGCUGUUCAACCACUCACGUGAACUGGAGUUCUGCCCAUUUAGAUGACAUGGUGGCUGAUUAUGAAAUGGACUCCGCUGUGGACAAUGAUGACAGUACUUCUUUAAAUCAUCAGCAUGAUGAAGUACUGAAUCACCAAAAGCCUUCAAGUGACUUUAUUAAUGAGCAGGCAUUAGAAACAUGUACACAUCCCAUAUGCCAAUCUUCUGCACUUGUAACUACAGAGAAGCAUGAAUACCUGCACAGUAAUGGUUCCCAAGAAGCAGUUCAGGACCAGAGUGUUGAUACUUCUUUGCCUUUUACAUGGAUGCCCAAUGAUGAUUUGAACCAUACCGACUAUUCUGUCACCUUGGAGCUAAAUCAAACGUUUGGCAUUACAGUGGAUAAUGCACAUUGCCCCUGUACAAGUCAUCAUGUCAUUGAAAAGGGCCAGCCUUUCCUUUCCCUUGGGAGUCUACAACCAACCAGUGUGAGAAGUGGAAGUACAUCUUUAUCUUGCUCUACAUGGCCAUCAUCCCAUUCUGUGACAACAAAUGCACAAGAAAUUAACUAUAAUGGAGAGAGCUUUGAAAAUCUGCAAGCCACAUCAUCAGAGGCCCCAAACGCAUCGUACACCGCAUGUUCUGAUGUUGUGAUGCAAACGGAUGUUCCAGAUGUUGAAAAUCAGGGUCAGUAUUCUUCAGGAAAGGUCUCCAGUGAGUACACAGAUGGCUCACAGCAAAGACUCAUUGCAGCAAAAGAGAUACAAGCCCUAACAACAGUUUCUGAUGGCAUGGCCAUCCCCAAUGGGUCUGUAUUACAAGAGUUCUUUUGUUUAUCUAAAGAUGAAGCAAAUAGUGAGACACAUUCACAAGGCUCAUAUGGUCAAACGGAAAGGGGCCAGAAUCUAAGAGAAACAGUGUCCAAUUGUCUUAUUGACGAGGAGUGUCCUUUACUAGUGCCAACUUUCGAUAAAGGUAAAGCCCAAGGGCUGGACUCAGAGCAUAAAGCCAUCAUGGCUGAAGAUCCACAGAUGACUCCCAAUGUAAAGAAUUUGGGAACUCCCAAGAGUACUGUGGAACUGGCACUAGGUAGCUCCCCAGGACAAAAGGAGAUUUCCUCACUCGAAAUGACCUGGGAUGGAAAUGAUGCUUGCACAAAAACCAAACUGUGUGUGUCAACACCAGUCUCUCAGCCCUCAAACACAAGCUUUACUUUUUCUCCUGUUGAGGUGACAGAGGACUGUAAUGAAGUGAAGAGUAACCAAGAGCCUAAAAACCUGCCCCACUUGAAGGGAACACCUGUGAACACUGCGAAGCCAAACCUCGGUAAAUUGGCAACCAAGACCAACACCCUUAAUGGCAGCAAAGUACGAAAAACUGAAAUCAUAAGUUACCCUACACCAAACUUCAAAAAUGUCAAAGCCAAAGUUAUGUCCAGACCAGCACUGCUGUCCAAAAGUCCUGCUCUAUCGAAGGUCACGGCGAAACCUCAGUCACCCAGUGCCUCAUUACCCUCCUCCAAACAGUUGACAGUUUUGAGCAAAAUACCAAGGCCUCUCCUUACAGCAGACAAAAAAGCAGAAAUCCUAAUUAACAAGACACAUAAACAACAGUUUAAUAAACUCAUCACCGGCCAGGCUGUGCAUGUUACAACGCAUGCUAAAAGUGCCCCACACCGGCUUCCAAGAGCAACAUCUGCCACGAAUCAGGAAGAUGUUGACAAAGCAGGUUCUUGUCAUUCAGCCUGUGAGCCCGGCUCUGUGGCUGCCUUUUUUCAGAAGAUCAAAGGCAUUCUCCCUGUUAAAAUGAAAAGUGCAGAAAGUUUGGAAACAACCUAUGUUACCAAUGCUGAUCGGAUUAGCCCUGAAAAGAAGGGUGAAAAAGACAAUGGCACACCUAUGGAAAAACAGGAGCCGCAGAAGGAAGCCAUGAACCCGAGUAUUGAAUAUGGGUCUCUGUUUUUGGGUUCUGCUUCCCAAACCACCACCACCACAUCAGGUAGAAAUCUGUCCAAGACUGACUCAUGCAGUUUGAGGAAAACAACAGGCACAAAAAACAAAGUGGGACCUACCGUUUCCUCUUUGAGGCGGAAGAAUGACAGCAGAAACCUCAGUUCUGAUCGAGCCUUAUCUCCCCAGAGGAUCAGGCGCGUGUCCAGCUCAGGAAAACCCACUUCUUUGAAAACUGCCCAGCCAUCCUGGGUGAAUUUGCCUCGACCACUUCCUAAAUCCAAAGCAUCUUUGAAAAGUUCUACGCUGAGGAGGGCAGGAAGCACCCCGUCUAUUGCCAGCGCCCACAGUGAUCUGAGCACCUACAGCAAUAAUUCUGGUAAUGCCACUGUCCUCAAGUAUGAGGAGAAACCUCCAAAACCAGCGUUUCAGAAUGGCCCAGGAUCCUUAUAUUUGAAGCCGUUGGUGCCCAGAGCUCACGUACACUUCCUUAAGACCUCUCCAAAAGGUCCUUCAAGAAAAAGUCUAUUUACAGCCUUGAAUGCAGUUGAAAAGGGCAGGCAGAAGCAUCCCAGAAGUCUGUGCAUCCAGACCCAGACAUCUCCAGAUGUGUUUUCCUCUGAGAAAACACUUGAAUUGGCUCAGUAUAAAACAAAAUGUGAAAACCAAAGUGGAUUUAUCCUGCAGCUCAAGCAGCUUCUUUCUUGUGGUAAUACCAAGUUUGAAGCACUCACCGUGGUAAUCCAGCACCUCCUCGCUGAGCGGGAGGAAGCACUGAAGCAACACAAAACCCUAUCUCAAGAACUUGUUAACCUCCGAGGAGAGCUAGUCGCUGCUUCGAACACUUGUGAGAAGUUAGAAAUAGCCAGAAAUGAGUUACAAACUGCGUAUGAAGGAUUUGUCCAGAAGCUAAACCAGCAGCACCAGACUGAUAGAACAGAACUGGAGAACAGACUGAAGGAAUUUUACACGGGGGAGUGUGAGAAGCUUCAGAACAUCUACAUCGAGGAAGCGGAGAAGUAUAAAACCCAACUGCAAGAGCAGUUUGACAACCUAAAUGCCGCCCAUGAGACCUCUAAGUUGGAAAUCGAAGCUAGCCACUCGGAGAAAAUAGAAUUGCUAAAGAAGGCCUAUGAAACCUCCCUUUCAGAAAUCAAGAAAAGCCAUGAAGUGGAAAAGAAAUCACUUGAGGAUUUGCUUUAUGAAAAGCAGGAAUUGCUAGAGAAACAAAUCAAUGAUCUGAAGACUGAAAAUGAUGCUUUAAAUGAAAAGUUAAAAUCAGAAGAGCAAAAAAGAGUAUCAAGAGAGAAGGCAAAUUCAAAAAACCCUCAGAUUAUGUAUCUGGAGCAAGAACUAGAAAGCCUGAAAGCUGUGUUAGAGAUCAAGAACGAGAAACUACACGAACAGGACAUCAAGUUAAUGACGAUGGAGAAGCUGGUGGACAACAACACAGCACUGGUUGACAAACUGAAGCGAUUCCAGCAGGAGAAUGAGGAAUUAAAAGCCCGCAUGGACAAGCACAUGGCCAUUUCAAGGCAGCUUUCUACAGAGCAGGCCGUGCUGCAGGAAUCCCUGGAGAAGGAGUCGAAAGUCAACAAGCGCCUUUCCAUGGAGAACGAGGAACUGCUGUGGAAGCUGCACAACGGGGACCUAUGUAGUCCCAAGAGAUCCCCCACGUCCUCAGCGAUUCCCUUUCAGUCACCCAGGAAUUCUGGCUCCUUCCCCAGCCCCAGCGUCUCACCCAGAUGACGCUUUCUGCAAGCUGAGACUGCAAAAGCAUCCGGAUGCAGGUCUGCAGGACUGACCCUCAUACCGACCAUGGGAGUCAGAGCUACGUCAACUCUCCUGGAAUUUCUGCAGGACAACUGGAAAGCCACCAUCCUAUGGGCUACUUUUGAGAUGGGAACUCUGGGGGGGAGGGGUGACUUUUGAUGUGGUCCAAGAGUCAUCCCCUUCCCCCCUGCCCAACAGAUUUUGGAAUCGAUGUGGACGUUGUUGCACAGAGCACUUAGGAAUGAGAGAAUCUUGUUCGUUGCCUUUUUCACCUAAGCAUAAGGGGAAAAACUCUCAGGGGCCUAUUAAGAUAAAGAAUUAUAACCUUUGUAACGUUCUUCACCACAGACACCUUCCUGUGAUUUUUAUUUCUGAUUGGGGGGGGAGGGGCAGGGUAUGAAUGAAAUGGAUGUAAAAGAGUGUCACGUGUCUGAUGCAGUCUUCUUUGCUGUGUAUUAAAAGUCAACAGCUGAAUCUCCAUGGGUACAUGCUAAUCAAGUCGUAGUGUACACAUUUCAACAAAAGCCAUAGAAGAAAAAGCAAUAGUUGCUUGAAUUAUAUUUACUACCAACUCUGCUCAGCCUGGAUAUGGUGAGUAGAAGGUGUGAAAAAAAAAGUUUUUUGACUCUGCAAUGUCUGUCCAUUUCUCUUUGGAGUAAUUGUUAGCAAUUUUUCAGUGUUCAGUUCUGUCAGUUGAAACUAGGUAAAUUCUUUUUUCACUAGGAUCCAUUUUCUCAGGCUACGAGCAAAUGUAGAACCCUAAUUUUUCUAAAGAUUAAAAAAAAAAUCUGUAUAAAGAAAAAAAUACCAAUGGCAGGACCAAUAAUUGUUCUGCCUUAUUUUUACCUUGAUCUAAGCUAUUCUUAGAAAGUUAAGCCUUCCUCUCCUCUCCCAUCUGCCUCAUUGAUUCCUUUCCUUUCUCUGAUAUCCACAGCCACAAACGCAAACCUUCUACCUCCUAUCUACUUGUCUCUGGGACAAAGAUAAAAGGAAUAUGCUUUUCCAGAUGCAACUUCUCUUCAAGGUGCUGAACCCAAAUUCCAAAAUAAAUUAAGGCCUGGGAUUGAGUCUACUGAUUCUGGAGAAAAAAAAUCUUAGGGAAAAUAAGGAGGAAAGUCAUUGGCUGGAUAGGAUUCUGUACAUGCUAAUGAACAAAAGCCCUUAGAUUAGGCCCGUGAUGCAGUAUUUGAUAGAAUGGUCUGGGGACACAAUGGUAAGUUGGGAUAAAGUAAAAUGGGCAGCUGAGAAGUAGUUUUAUAUAAUUCUCCUUUGGGUUGCAUUUGACUUUUCAAAGCUUCUUGUUACCUCCCCCCGUUGUAAGACUUUGGGGAAGGUGAAGGACAGUUGUGGCUUCUCUGCACUGCAUGUGUCCACAUGGUGAUGUCAAGUGUUUUUUUUUUCUGAGCUCGAUGGCUGUGCACAUAACCCCUAGAGAAAGAACAGAUUCAGGAACUGGAGGUGGGUAUUUGAGUUGUCAUAUCCAUGUACACUAAAUAACAAAUUGAUAUUUCAUGAUGCAUGUUUUUAAUUUGUAGUUGUGUUUGAAGUCUUUAACCGCCUGUAGUUUCUUGCAUACAUAACCCUUCCAUGUUUGCUUUCAAAGAACUGAGAGCUUAGUUCAUUGCUGCCUCCCAGAACAGCUCUUCCCAUGCUUCCAAAUUGUUCUCUGUGACAUUAGCCAAAGUUGGGUUUGCCACUCAUCCCUGAGCAUGGUAAGUUUCAUGCGAUUUCCUGCUGUCUUCCAUACUGUUUAGGUAUCUGGGAAAUCUGAUAGUAAUUAGUAUAAAAUGUCUUCAGAGGAUGGAAGACAACAGGAGACAAUAGGAACAAAAUAGCUUUGUUUUUCCCAAACCAAAUGUUUUAUGUAGGUUGAAAAUGUUGGCACAUCAUAGAAGUACAGAUGUGUGAGCUGUAGUUGUGUUCAGUUUAUAGUGAUGGAAAGUGUAUUUUACUUCGAUCAAAUAAAUAAUGCUGGAAUCUUCCUAAGAA